AGCCCUCGCAAAGAUUUUAUUUAUUCAAAAUUUGUCUUAGGUAAUUUAAGGUUGUUUUUAUGGAGAAGCAGAGGAGCUCUCAAGAACCAUAAUUUUGCCUCCGCCUACAACUAUUCCAGUUCCUCCACUGGCCAUGCAAAUUCGAUGCGACAUGUGCAUCCUGAACCACGUGCUUUAUAUCAGUGUGUAAGUGGUGAGUGACAUUAAAGGUUGUGCCAGUGCAAAAAUGACAAAGUUCGGAUUUCCACCUGGCCAGUCGUCAGAAUGAGCAACUUUACCGGUUAUAACCAGCAUAGCUUCCCAAACCGAGGAGGUCAUCACUCCUACGGAUAUAGUGACGAAUGUGAGGAAAGACCUCAAUAUCUGGAGAAAACACGCCGUGGAAACGGUUUUCAAAAUAGUAGGGGACGAGGAAGACCUAGUCCAUCACAAAGUAAACGAGUCGAUAUGAACGAGUACAACCGAUUAGCCGAAAAGCAGGUAUUACAAUCAAAAAUGUUGUCAGUGACCAGCAGAGGUAUUGGAGUCGGCACGACGCACCUCACUUAUGUAGCAAAACAAUACGAUGAGAAUAUCCGUGUUCCCAAUAUCUACGCUCAGUUCAGAGCAUAUCUUGCUCUAUUUGAAGCAAAAUUAAUGAAUGUUGUUGAGCAUUUUCCUAUUGUGCCAAGAUUUGCAGAUCAUAUUAAUACACAUAGAGGCCUCAAUGCAGAAUUUCUUAGAACAAUUAUCCGAUCGUUUAGCUUUGUUCCAACACCUAUUAAACGAAUUAUAGAUGCUAUAGGUAUUUUAAAGCAUGAGGAUAAAAUUUAUUUGCCUGUUAUGGCUGCAUCUCCAACAACAGAGCAGGGCGUCAUAAGACCUAGGCCCGAAUCAACUUGUUUUUCAAACCUUCGCGACACUGUUGUCGCCUUAUCUGACCCACAGACUAGCCUAAACGUCAGGACAUGUUACCAUGAGAAUUGCGCUAUUCCUGGUGCUAUAUGGGCAAACAAUUUAUUAAUGAAUGCUGAUGAGAUAAUUCCAGCUGAUUAUAAUUUUGAAGAAGGUUUGCGUAAUGAUAUAAUGUUAAUUUUACCUUACUUGAAUAGAUUAAAGAAGCACGCUCCUAAAAUGGUGGGAGGUCCACUUGAUGCGAAAAUGGUUGGACGGAAUUCUUUGUUAUUGUCCAAUGAAAUGGAAAAUUUGAAAUGCCCAGAUAGAAAUGCAGGCGAGGAUUUGGAUGCAUAUUAUGAUAGGUGCAUCAUUGAAGGGAACAUAACGAAAUAUACUUCCGACUGUAAAUUAACAGCCGCAGAAAAGAUAGAUGGGCAGAUUAAUCUACUUGGUGAGCAACCAACUCUGCAAAAUCUCAUGAAGCCAAUUUAUAUUCUUCGUGACAGCGAUGCUCACGCCUAUUAUCUUCCAGCUGAUUUUAAAUCAGUCUGUCAAAUUGAUUAUGCAUAAAAAAAUUGUUUUUUGAUACAUUGAGUUCAUCUGAUACAUUUUUAGUUUUAUUAUUUAAUAAAGUUACCAUGGCCCAGAUGAAAUUUUUUCUGGAAU